AUGACAGAUGAAACAAAAAAAUUUUGGCAUGAGAAAAUGAAACAUUUAUUCCAUCUCUAUGAUGCUGAUAGAGAUGGUUUUAUAACUCCAAUUGAUUUUGAAAUUCUUGCUGAUAAACUUUCAGCACUUGUUGGACAAGAUGACAUAAAACGACGUGAAGAAUAUGCAAAUGCAAGAAAGACUCUUUGUCAAGAAAUCAUGAAAGCUGAUGCUAAUCAAGAUGGAAAAGUAACAUUAGAAGAAUGGCUUAAUUUUCAUGAAAAUCUUGCUAAUGAAUUACGUAAAACUGAUACAGAUCCGGAAGUAUUAGAACAUAUAUCUCAACGUAUAAAUACAACAUUUAAUAUGCUUGAUCUUAAUCAUGAUGGUUAUAUAGCAAUUGAUGAAUGGCUUAAAACUUGUCAAUUUUUCGGUGUUGAUGAAAAAGCAGCAGAAAAAUCUUUUCAUCAAAUAACUAAGCAAGAUAAACUUGAAGAAGAUGUAGCUAAACAAUUAUUUUUUGAAUAUUUGAAAACGGAUGACCCAAAUCAUGUAUCAAAUUGUUGUUUAUGUUUUCUUUGA